AUGCGCAUCUCCCUUUCUGCAUAUGUCUGCACCUACGAAGCCCUUCUACUGCUUAAGUUGUGCUUCAUUUUUUCUUUGCGUUAUUUCCAUAAUCAAUUAUUUGUUUGUUUCCUGCAUUGCUUCUGUCCUUUCCAUAUUUUCUUUCAUUUCUUAUUUCUUUUUGGUCUUUCUUUUCAUCCUUUCUUUUCUUUUUCAUUUUGUCAAUUUUCUUUCGUCUUUCCCUAUCAUCAUUUUAUCCAUUCCUUUUUAUUUACUAUAAAUGAGACGACGGAACGGAAGCUAUUAAAAAUUCUACUUCUUUCUUUCUUCCUUCCUCCCUUCCUUUCUUUCUUUCUUUCUUUCUUUCUUUCUUUCUUUCUUUCUUUUCUGUUUCUAUUCUCCCUCUUCAUGCAGGCAUUAGAGGGGUUGAUCGGUAGUAUUCUAAAAUAUUUGUCCGACUCUCUCUCUCUCUCUCUCUCUCUCUCUCUCUCUCUCUCUCUCUCUCUCUCAACUGUUUUAUUUGUCAAAUUCAUUUUGACAGGCCAAUUAUUGGUCAUGUAA